AUGACCAUCGCAACGACGCAGCUCACGAGCGCCGUUCGCAGACGGGACGUCAGCGCGAUUGCCGCCAUCUUGACGGCCGAUGCAAAGCUCGCCAACGGCCGCGACGAGAGCGGUCGAACGGCGCUGACCACGCUGUGCGCCAAUGCAGACGGCGACGACGUCUGCACCGUUGCCGACGUUCUGCUAGCCCACGGCGCGUUGAUCAGCUGCAACGACGGCCUCCGCGAUGGCCCGCUGCGCCUCGCGAGCCGCGGCACAAACGCAGCGCUUCUCACAAAGCUGCUCGAGGCCGCCAAGGCGCAAGAAGCACCGACGCCCAACUACGGCGAUCUGCUUCUCGUCGCCCUCUCGGCCCUCGCCGAGGCCAGUCCGCUCCAAACGCUGAUGCGACCCAUAACGAAGAGGAAAACCAAGGAAGGCCUACCGGAUGCGAAGCGAGAGGGCGGCAUUGAGACGCUGGUCGCUCUAGAGGCGAGGCAUCUGCCUGCGAUCCAAGCGCUGAUCGAGGCGUCCGAGCGGGACACGCGGGUGCCGCCCGACAACCUCUGGGCAACGACCUCGACGCACCAGACCACAGCGCUCCAUGUGGCGUGCCGCGAGCUGUUGCCGACGGUCGUGUUGCUCCUCCUCUCGCACUCGUUCUUGCCAUCCGUGGUUGACGCACGCAACGUCUCGGCCGUCCAUUGUCUCGACGACACGCUUCUCAAGGUGGUGCAACCGAGAAAGAAGCCGCCGAGCCUCAAUGCACUGCCCGCCGACGUCCAAGCGCACCUCGGCGCGCGCACCAACACGAUUCUCGGCGCGUUUGGCGAGCGGGUCGGCUACGAGAAGCUCUUCCGGCACUCGGGCACCUACGCGGUGCAGUCGCGCUGGGCCAAGAACUUUCUCGUUGCGGCCAGAGGCUUCGAGUUUCUGUUUGCCAAGCUUCUGACCGAGACGCCGCGGUCGAUGCGACCUUUUCUGUCGCACGUCGGCGGCCUCCACCGGCUCGCCAAGCAGCCGGCGUCUGCUUUUGCGACCUGGGCGUGGCACGAGGCGCUGCACGACCAACGCCAUCUCUUCAAGGACGCGUCGCGCUAUGCGCAUCUGUUUCGGCUCCUUCUCCAUACCGACACAUCGGCGGCCAUUCUACACACGUGGACGUUUGUGCUGCAAGAUACGGUCGACGUGUCCAUCUUGUCGCCGUUCUUGCAGGACCUCACGGACGUGGUUCUUCAAAGCGCAACGAGCUUGGUCUUCCAGCUGCAAACCGAAGCCUACGAGCUGGACGAAACCGAGCUCAUGCGCCUCGUCCUGGCGCGCUUCGAGAUGCUUCUUGUGCUCGGCAUUGCGACGAACGACGCGGCGGCGUUGCUGGCGCCGCUCGAGGGGCUGCAGCAGCUGCUUAACCUCGUCCUGCCCGCCGUGCGGCACGUCCAGGACAGCCCCGAGCGCUUUCUCGGCACGCUCUACCUCGUUCAGCUUGGGCUGCAAGUGCGAGCGACCGACUCGUCCACGCUCCAAGCGAUGGCGGCGACGCACGGUCGCAAGCCAAGUCGACCCGGGAGCUUUCUCAAGCUCCUGGCCGAGUCGUUGCCUCUGCCAGCGUCGUUUCUGCCGUGGCUCACACCCUUUCGCGGUCCCCUCAACGUUCUUUUAACGUCCGUCCUGGUGCCACGUCCGAGCCUCUUACGUCAGUAUGUGCCCCGGGGCGCGUGGCACCUCGUGGACCUCGAGACCAAAGUAGCGUACUUUGGUGCCGACGCGAGCCUCCGGGGCACGGACCUUCGCAUUUCCGUGAACCGCCAGACGUCGCCCGGGCUUGUCGUCGAGUUCAUUCUGCAACAAGUGCUAUCGACACCGGUGCGUCACCUCUGGGGCGACAUGAACGUCGAGUUCACGCACGAGCCUGGCGCUGGCGUCGGUCCGCUGCGCGAGUUUUUCGAGCUCGUGCGUCGGUCCUUCCUCGACCCGCAGGCCGAUCUGUCGCCGCACGUCCGCGUCGAAGCGCCAGCAACCCAACGCAUUGGCUCGGCGUGGUUGCGCUUGGCCCGACCCGACGCAGCGCCGCGCGUAAGCCCAACGCCGCUGACCGCGUGGUUUCCGCUGGUCGCCUACAUUGGCGGCUCGUCGCUGCUGCGCCUCGCGCCUCGUCCGCAACGCAUCGUGUCGCCGCCCGAGGACAUACUGGGCAACCACGUGUGGCAAGUGCGCUUCGAGUCGAUCGACGCCAUGCGCAAGGAGAGCGACUUGUACAAGCUGUACCGGUGCCUCGGCCGGCUCUUCGGGCUGAGUGUCCGGCAUGGCAUCGUCCUCGGCGCGCGGUUCCCGCUCGUGUUUUGGCACGUGCUCUUGCAGACGUCGUCGAUGUCGUGGACCGAUCUUGUCGCGGACGACCCGGUGCUGCGACGCAGCCUGGACGCGGUGCUGGCCCACGACUUUGAGAGGACGUCGUCGUUGGAGCUGGCGUUUGAAACCUGCGACCGCGUCGAGUACAACGGCGUCAUCCUGACCGCGCAAGUCGAGCUCACGCCCCACGGGUUCGAGACGCCCGUGACCAACGCCAACAAGGAGGAGUACGUGCUCGCCCUUGCGAUGCAUCACUUUUGCAGCAACUGCGACGCCCUCGACGCGUUGCGUGAUGGACUGUUCGAUGUCGUGCCCAAGCGAGAGAUGGCCCUCUUGCGUCCCGACGAGCUGCAGCGUCUCUUGGGUGGCGACGAAGCACUGGACAUGACCGCGCUCCAGGCGAGCACCACGUACGGACGACUUGGCAGCGCCGAGCACCCGACGAUUCGCCACUUUUGGGCCGUUGUCGAAGCCCUGCCGCUGGCCACGCAGCGCGAACUGCUCGUGUUUUGGUCUGGCUCGUCCUUGCCUCCGCUCUUUGGCUUUGCCCAUUCGGACGAGGUCGCGUGGUCCAUUGACGUCGUUGCUGUGCCCGCGGGAAAGCCUUCGCCGCUGCCCCAAGCCCACACCUGCGACCGAAGAAUCGUACUGCCGGCCUACGCGACGCAAGACGAGCUCGCGACCAAGUUGGCGCUCGCCCUCGAGUUUGGCACCUUUGGCUACGACCGAAUCUAG